UGCACGAUUAUGAAUCGCAUUCGCGUGUUUUUUAAUUUUGUUUUGUGUGAUACAUAUGUUGGAACAACAAGAUAAUUUAUGCAAAUACUAUUGCUAUUUUUUUCAACCCGCGAGAAUAACAAACUUGCGGAACUUGCACUCGUGGAAUAAAUAUAACCUAUCUUAGCAAGCAUUACAAACUAAAUUCAGAUUGAAAAUUUGCUGUCCUCCUAUAAAAAGUAGUAAACAAGCAACACGAGGCGAAAAACAAAUUGUUGAAGAGAACAUAUCAACGUUAAGUUUAUAUAGAAAUAUGAUUUUUGGAGCUUUUGGAAUUUACAUUAUAGUUAUGAGCAUCUUUUUUGAAUUUACAACUUUGACUACGAUAUUUUCUAUAUUUGCUGGUAUAGUUUACAUUGGAGCUUAUCAAUUCAUGUCAUAUAUGGCUCGAGCAACAUAUACAGAAACUGGUCAACUGGUAAGCUCAGGAGUUGACUUGAAUAUGCAAGGAGGUAUUGGAGAGCAUGUUAAAGACAUAAUCAUUCUGACUUCCGGAGUUCAAGUGUUAUCACUUAUGUCAAAUUAUUUUUGGCUGUUAUGGCUACUGGCUCCAUUAAGGGCAUUAUGGAUGUUAUGGAAAAACAUUCUAUCGCCAUGGUUCUUCCAAGAAGCUCCACAGAUGACAGAAAAGGACGAAAAGAAGCAAAAGAAAAUGGAGCGGAAAAUGGCGCGAGUUACUUACAAAAACCAUUAAUGUGAUUGUGAGAUAAUGGUUAGUCAAGAACAAUUUUUUUACACUCGUAUACUCGAUUUUUAUAUACAUAAAGUGCAACGAAUUGUGCAAUUAAAGACUGCCUGAACUUCCAUAAAAACAAGCGUGUG